AUGCUGUCCACCCGCACGGUGGCCCUCCAGCUGCUGGCGCUGGGUCUCCUCCUCGCCCACCCCGCAUCUGCACAGAGCUGCGAUGCCUCCUUCAGGGGCAAGUCUGCCACCCUGGUGCUGACCGCCGCGUCUCGCCUGAACGACCCCUACGGCAUCUGCUACCCCCAGUUCACCAUCGAUGUGGACGCCACCACCUGCAUCCUCACCCUCACCCCCGCACCCCUCACCGCCGAACUCAAGUACAAGAACACGCCCUGCCCCACCUCCCCCCUCAACGGCAAGGCAGUGGUGGGCGCCGACAUCAGCAGCGCCCUGGCUCGCGCCCUCAAGAACGCCACCUUUGCCGCCACCACCGCUAAGACGGCCACCUUCCAGACCGCCUUCAAGGGCGCCACAGUGGAGACCACUCUGUCUGGCGUGGCCGGCGUCCUCACUUACGCAGUUGAGGGCACUGCCUUCUCCUGGCCCAACCUCGCCUCCACCGACCUCUGCGCCGCCGCCAACACCGCCUGCGACAACUCCGCCACCUGCGCUGACGGCCGCUACGACGACGGCGCCGUGUGCGCCGUCUGCCCUGCUGGCGCCGAGUGUACCGGAGGCGCCAUGACCACCUGCGACGCCGGCUCUGUUGCCGCCAACGUGGGCUCCACCGCCUGCACCGACUGCGCUGUUGAUACCUACCGCUCCACCGCCGGCAGCUCCAUCUGCGAGCCCUGCCCAGACAAGUCCUUUGCCUACUUCACCGGCUCCACCGGCUGCCUGGCCUGCUACUUUGGCGUGCCCAAGGUGGUUGCGGGCGAGAUUGACGGCGUGGUCGGCUUCAACGGCGACCUGCCCGACGAGCAGCCCAAGCCCGGCUACCGCAUCGUCACCCUGCCCUCCACCAGCACCCUGGAGGCCUGCUCCCUGGCCCACCCCUUCAACACCGGCGACAACAAGUGCGACAGCCUGGACGGCCGCACCCUGGCCAUUGAGACCGAUGCAACCUGCGAAGUGCGCGUGUUUGUGCUGGGCGACAGCAAGUGCUCCGUGGCAGACGACCUGGCCGUGAUGGACGGUGUGUACAAGAGCCUGAACGUUAUCGCCUCUCGUGAUCAGGACAAGACUGCCCAGGGCGGGGCUGGCCUGCAGGUUGAUUUCAGCGCUCAGACGCUGGCCAUCACCGACGGCGCCACGUCCUGCACUGACGCCAGCCUGGUCCUCACUGCCUUUGCCCCCGCCACCUGCCCCACCGGCACCACCAGCGAGGCCAACCCCCAGGACGGCCCCACCGUCACCGUCUUCGUGAGCAAGCAGUGCGCCCCCUGCGACUCCGGCUACCAGUGCGCCAGCGGCGCCGCCGUGGCAUGCAUUGGCGGCACCGCCAACGAGCUGAUCGGCGCUCUGUCCGCCGCUGACUGCACCACCUGCUCCACUUACACCGUCAGCUCAAGGGGCGCAGCCAAAUGCCAGGAGUGCCUGGCCGGCACCACCCCUAACCUGGCCCACACCCAGUGCCAGCUGUGCCCCCAGGGCACCUUCAACACCAAGGCCGGCAGCAAGUGCGAGGAUUGCCCCGCGGGCACCUUCCGCUCCUCCGGCGGCGGCGACGGCACCAAGUGCACCAAGUGCCCCCCCGGCAGCUGGUCUGGUGUCAAGGCCAACGUUUGCAUUGAGUGCGACGCUGGCUAUGCCACAGAGGAGGAGGGCUCCACCUCCUGCUCCCCAUGCGGCCCCGGCACCUUUGCCAAGGGCGACGGCUCCCACACCUGCAAUGAGUGCCCCGCCGGCUCCUACUCUGACCAGCCGUUUAAUGACCAGUGCACUGACUGCGGUCCUGGUGCCAUCACUGUCAACGUGAACGGCAAGGGCGCCUCCACCUGCGCCAAGUGCAAGGUCGGCACCUGGAAGCCCCCUGGCGCUACCGACAACAAGUGCCGCACCUGCCCCACCGGCCACGAGACGGGCUCCACCCAGGAGGGCGCCUCCACCUGCACCGAGUGCGCUCGCGGCAAGUUCUCGGCCACCCCCAACACCGCGCUGUGCACCCCCUGCCCCAAGGCCUACUUCGCCGCCAGCCAGGGCCAGAAGGCGUGCAAGGCCUGCCCAUCCGGCCAGAUCACCGACGCCACCGGCGGUGCUGCGGCUGACGGCACCGGCGCCAGCAGCUGCACCAAGUGCGGCGCCCGCCGCUUCCGCCCCUCCAUGUACGCUGCCAACACCUGCACCCUGUGCCCCAAGGGCCGCGAGACCAAGCUGGCGUCUGGCGCCGCCGCCUGCACGGCCUGCAUCCCCGGCACCAGCCAGAUUGGCAUCUCGGACCUCAACUGCACCGCCUGCGCCGCGGGCGAGUACGCCGACAAGCAGGGCUUCUCCGGCGCCUGCAAGCAGUGCCCCAAGGGCUACGCCGUGCCUGACGAGGGCAACAGCGCCUGCGACAUCUGCGACCCGGGCACCUACCAGGACGAGGCCGGCCAGCUGAGUGCAAGGACUGCCCCCACCGAGCUGGAGUCGUGCCUGCCCGCCCCCAAGGGCAACUACGCCCCCGGCACCGGCAACGACGGCUUCAUCCCCUGCGAGGGCGGCACCUACCAGGACAACGAGGGCCAGCGCGCCUGCAAGCCCUGCCCCGCUGGCAGCUACUGCCAGGCCUCCAAGAUGGUCAAACCCUCCGCCUGCCCCGCCGGCAAGUAUGGCACCAAGCUGUCCUCCAUCACACCCAACGACUGCGCCGCCUGCCCCAUCAACUCAUACACCGACAUUGUCGGCCAGAACAAGUGCAAGAAGUGCACCACCGGCCUGUGGACCGCCCGCAAGACGGGCCAGAAGCUGUGCUGGGACAACACCAAGAACCUGCCGCCCACCAGCCGCUGA